AUGUACAGGCCCAGCCUCUGCCUCACAGCAGACUCUUCACACCCAGCUCUUCCCUGUCUGCGGCCUCUCCAGUCCAAAGCUGCUCCUGCCUUUUGGCAGCUUGUACAGGCCCAGCUCCUCCCUCACGGUGGCCUCUUUCGGCCCAACUCAUGCCUCUUGCAAUGUGCCCAAGUGUCAGCUCCUGCCUCACACUGGCCUGUUGAGGCCCAGCUCAUGCCUCUCAUGGCCUCAACGGGCCCAUCCCCUGCCUGUCGGCGGCCUCUACAGGCCCGGCCUCUACCACAGUGGGCUCUCCAGGCCCCUCUUCCUCACCGUGGCCUCCUGGGGCAAUGCUCCUCCCUCUCGGGAGCCUCUGCGGGCCCAGCUCCUGCCUCCCAGGCCUCUGCUGGCCAAGCCCGUGCCUCAGGGCAGCCUUUCCAGGCCUAGCGUUUGCUGCUUUGCAUCCUCUCCAGGCCCUGGACUUCCUCCAGUCGGCCUCUCCAGGCCCAGCUCUUCCUCUCGGCGGCCUCUGCAGGCCCAGACUGUCGUCAAGUCGGCCUGUCCAGGGCCAGCUCCUGCCUCCCGGCGGCCUCUGCAGGCCCAAGUCGUCCUCAAGUCGGCCUCCCCAGGCCCAGCUCCGGCCUCUCGGCAGCCUCUCCGGGUGCAAAAGUUCCUCGAGUCAGCCUCUCCAGGCCCAGCUCCUCCUGCCUCCCAGUGGCCUCUUUCGGCCCAGCCCAGCUCAUGCCUCCCGGCGGCCUUCCCAGGCCCCGCUUUUGA